AAACCAAAUCAAGCCAGCAACCAAAACCAAACGCAGACUAUUUGAGUUAGUGUACUCCUGGUGAGGGCUGUUAAUGACAUUCUUGCUGAUGUUGCUAUGUGUGAAUGUUUCUUGAAUGGUAACUGGAGCUUCUUGGCUAAGCAAAUUCAAAAGGAAAAAUCCCCCUCUUUGUUAGCUGCAGUUUAGCUACCUUUAGGCAGUCUGUUUUCUUUAGCCAACUGAGUAUUAUAUUUCACGCAUCGUUUAGAGUUUUCUUAUUUUGUUUUCUUAAGCUUAUUGGGCUAAAUUUGGGUCCUGGUCCUAUUAAUUGCUGAAUUAGAUUUCUUACCCUGUCUUUCCUCCCUCUGUUUUUGUUUCUUGUUGAAGUUUAAAUAAUUUCCUUGAAAGAAAAAGGAAAUAAUAUGGUGAAAGCAUUUUUAAGGAGAUGUAGGUGAAGGUAGCUGCAAAGUAUUUUACAUUUGGAACUAAACACAGGAAUUUCUCUCAAUAGUGAAUUCCCCAGACAUUCAGUAAAUGUCUCUUUCCUCGCCUAUUCUUUCUAAAAUGGAUGAUUUCAAAGAAGAAAAUGAACAAGCCUAUUCAUGAGAAGAAAGAAAUAAACAAAGCUGUUAGUUCAAAUUUUCUUAUCAUGAGGGAUGUUCUCUUUUGGAUUUCAGGUGAUACAGUAUAGUCUUGUGUAAUUGUGGAAAUGUGUGUGUUUUGGGAAAGGUGGCCUUGUUUUCUCAACUAUAAAAUAAAAGCUGUGUUUUUGGGAUGCAGAACAUGUGACACUAGUUGAAUCUGUUAGCUGCUAAAUUGCAGGCUUAUGGAAUCUUGCCUCUCUUUUUUCGAAUUUAUGUUUGUUUGUAUUGAUGCCCUUUGCCUUUUUCUUCUUGGAAUCAGAAGGAUUUGCUGGCUUAAAAAAGGGCAUCAGAGCGCGUGUUUUGGAAACCCUUGUAAUGCUUAUUCUUCUUGCACUGCUUAUCCUUGGAAUCGUAUGGGUGGCUUCGGCACUCAUAGACAAUGAUGCUGCCAGUAUGGAGUCUUUGUAUGAUCUCUGGGAAUUCUACCUCCCAUAUUUAUAUUCCUGUAUAUCACUGAUGGGAUGCUUGUUACUUCUGUUAUGCACCCCAGUGGGACUUUCACGGAUGUUUACAGUAAUGGGUCAGUUGCUGGUGAAGCCAACAAUCCUUGAAGACCUAGAUGAGCAGAUGUACAUCAUCACUUUGGAGGAAGAAGCAAUUCAGAGGAGGCUUAAUGGUAUAUCUUCCAUGGUAGAAUACCAGGCAGCAGAGUUGGAACGGGAACUUGAAAAGGUGAAAAGCAGGAAAACAAAUCUAGAACGGAGGAAAAAAGCUUCUGCUUGGGAAAGGAAUUUAGUCUAUCCAGCUGUUAUGAUACUGCUACUGAUUGAGACAUCCAUCUCAGUCCUCUUAGUUGCUCUCAACAUUCUUUACCUGUUGGUUGAUGAGACUGCAAUGCCAAAGGGAUCAGGGGGGCCUGGAAUAGGAAAUGCCUCCCUGUCCACCUUUGGUUUUGUGGGAGCAGCACUUGAAAUCAUUUUGAUUUUCUAUCUUAUGGUGUCCUCUGUCGUCGGCUUCUACAGUCUUCGGUUUUUUGAGAAUUUUACUCCCAGGAAGGAUGAUACAACUAUGACAAAGAUCAUUGGAAACUGUGUCUCAAUCUUGGUGCUGAGCUCUGCUUUGCCAGUGAUGUCAAGAACAUUGGGAAUCACCAGAUUUGAUCUGCUCGGAGACUUCGGAAGGUUUAACUGGCUGGGAAACUUCUAUAUUGUAUUAUCUUACAACUUGCUCUUUGCUAUCAUGACAACAUUAUGUCUGGUCAGAAAGUUCACUUCUGCUGUGCGAGAAGAGCUCCUGAAGGCAUUAGGAUUGGAUAAACUUCAUCUAUCAAAUAAUCCAAGAGACUCGGAGACAAAGCCAUCUGCAAAUGGGCAUCAGAAAACACUGUGAUUAACAAUCGCCUGCAAUCAACAAAGCUGAAAACAUCAACCUCAUGGCAUUCCUGUCAUCUCAUCAGCAUUUUUAUAUUGAUUUUUAUUUGUUGAUAAUUUGGGUCCAACCUAAGUCUCAUUUUUUGUUGCUGUAUGCUUUUGAAAAAGUUAGAUAUAUCAGAUUCUUCUGUUUCCAGUGAACUUUUGGUCUGCUUGUUUAUUUCCUCGUAAGUUAAUGCAGGAGGUGCCUUGAAGACUGGAAGCUGAAGAGAAUAAGUCAUUCCUUUUUGUUUGUUGAAAGUCUCACAUCUUUAGAACAAACCUGCUACCAUUUGGAUGCAUAGUACCUCCUGUGUUAUACAGACACAGCUAUAGCGAAUAACUCUGGGACUUGGUUAAAAAAAAAAGCAGCAAAAAGGGUACACUUCGAGCCCACUAUGACCCUUACUGGAAAUGUAAACUACCUGGAGUAGGUAUCCUUGGCAUUAGAUAAACAGUUCCACUAAGAACAUGUUAAAAAUAGCAGUAAUGUGUAGAGAUCACAGUCCUUUCACGCUGGAUAUAGCAGGCUGUUCACAGCCGAAUGUCACGGAGCUUUCUUGGAAGGCCAGCGUUUUCAGCUUUCUGAACUUAGCUAGAGACACCAGGUUGCUUUAGUGGUAGUCAGACAAUGUCUUAUUAAAAUACAAGAUGAAAAUUAACUUCAGUGUUAAAUCUGAGCCAAGUAUGCUUUGUAAAAAGCUGCCUAGACCCCCUGUCACAGCUCUUACAGUUCUGUAAGCUAUCAUGCCAGGGAGGUCACUUCCCUACCAAGUACAUCCCUGUAAAAUUCUUUAUGAACUACUGUGUAUAAGCAGUACUUGUAAUCAAUGCAAGUAGCACAGGCCAAGGAGGCUGCGGUUGCAGUUUUUUAUAGUCUUCUUUCAUUUGAAGUAAAUUAUUUCUCUGAAUUUGUACUAUAGUUACCAGGAUUUCUGUUCAGUGGCGUAAUCCAGUAUCUUUCAGUAGCCUGUUUUUUUUUUAAUGUACACAUGAACGUGUAUAUAGGCCUAUAUGUGUAGAUAUCUUAAAUUCUAAGCUUCUAGAGAUAGCGUAGGUGGCUUGGUAAGUAAAACUUGUGUGUUUAAUCUUGGUAGUUGAAUUUCUGCAGUGUUACAGUUUAACUGCUCAGAGGCCUUAGAUUCAGGCCUUAGAUUCAGGAUGGCAUUGGUGGGUGGUUACAUCCCUUUUCUUAGCAUUACUGCAGCCUUAGGAAUUCCUCAAGCAGUUUGUAUUAAAAAAGCUCACCAACCAAAACGCAAAUAAGUAUUCAAAAUCUGGUUACGCUUUUGUGCUGCUCUGCCACAGGUUAUCUUUAAACAGGUUGGAACGGGGACACCUUCAGUGUAACAAGUCAGAUACCGUUCCUGUUGAUUCCCCAUUUCCGUAAAACAAGUAUGUCUGUAGCCUGAGGUCUUACAUGUGGUGAGGUGGUGAUGACUAGCUCUCCAGUGUGGUUCUGAAAUAAGAUCAACCUUGUGUCAGAAACCCUUUGGCUGUUUGCGUGAGGUGACUGCUCUGGGCUGUAGAACUUACUGCUGGGUGUGUGAAUGUGAGCUUUUUUUUUGUUCCCUAGAGUGCUUCAAAAAUCAAGCUCCAGUAUGCAUGAGGGUUUCUCAUUUUUGCAGCUGCCUUUUCUGACUGAUACUGGGGCACAAUGUAAAUAUUUCUGUAGUAAAUAUGAUGCUAGAGAGUUAUUUUUUUGUGUGUGUGAUUAGUAUAAAUUCAAGGCUUAUCAAACUGACUAUUGAUGUGUUGUACUGAGUCUUGGAAGACAAAGUAAAACUUGAUUUCAUUAAGAUUUACAAGCAUCUUUUCUGUUGUUUGAGUUUAAUGCUGACGUUUUAGCGAGGAAUCUAUUGAGUCAAAGUUCUGCAACCUAGAACAGGGAGCUGUGAUUAAAGUUGUUUUAAAACGUGUUUACAUUUGAAAUAUUGGGAGAUCUAUUUUUUAGGGGCAUCAUUCAGGUAUCCUCAGAGCUUGUAGCCUUACUUAUUAGCAUUAUAGUUAAAAAUAACUGAAAUGUAUCCACUUGUCCAUGCAAGAGAUUGUGUGACCAAAAUUGUCUUUGUGUUUUACCAGGGCUGGUGAAUUGCGGUGUGUGAGGCUAGUUAGCAUUAUUAAAACAUUUCUAUGGCAGCUUUUAAGACUGUUAUAUAAAUACAGUCUGUGAAACUGGGGAAAUGAAUUUUAAGGAAUAAGUUUAGGGAGUGUGAACCAGCAUAAGUCUUGCUCUUUGUGCUUUUGGAGAGAUGUUUGUCCUCACAUCAGUGACCCAAGAACACAGGAAAAGAUGAGAUUGAGGUAUGUGUGGUUUCUGAAAGUGAGUUGGGCAGUUACGUAGAGCAGAGACAGUUCCUGCUGAGAAACACACAAGUUUCAGGCAAGAAUUCAACACUCUCUUUCAAAACAAACAUUACAACCUUGCCUUUCCACCCCUUCUGCUGGUUUCUGCAAUAGGAGAGAUGUGUGGAUUACGGCUGUGUUAGUAAAGAUUACACUGAAACCUGAAGGGUGGUUUAAAUGCUGUGUGGUUUCAAGUAAUUCAGAAAUACCCUGUGCAACUACUGACAGUGUUUUGUUUUAAAACUAGCUGUUCGUAUUGUGACACUGUCCACAUUAAAAUAUGCCUUCUGCCUGGAAAAAUGGCAUGCUUAUGCACAGCUUCUUUACAGAUAAAAUGCUACAAAUAUACUACGUGUAAGAUACAGAUCACUGUAUACUUUUCACAGAAGCAUACGGUCACUUAAAUACAAGCAACUGGUAAUUCAUUAAUGGAUAUUGACGAUACAUUCCUAGUAUUUUGACUCAUGUAGAGUCAGGUGGUCUAUACCUUCAAGGUAUAUACAGCUGAUCUUAGUAACAUUAACAUCUGCCUCACUUCUUAUGAGGCAAAAAGCACAUAAAUGCUUCCAUCUUCAACUAGAUACCACACAAGACCAAAAAAUAGAUGUAAACUAAGUGUUUUAAGUUAGCUGCUUCUUGGCUUUAUUCCGUAUUGGUAGCACAAUAUUAAAUGCAGUGGCAGAACUCUAAUAGUGUGGGAUUUCGAAGCAUAAAGCACACAGGCUUAUCACUUUAAGCUAAAAAAUAAUAGUGUUGGUUACUGUACAAGUAACAGUUUUUUGCAGUCAUAGGAAGCUUUGUUUACUGUCUGUAAUGUGGUGUUUAUCUUUGGCUGUGUUCCUCUGAGACCUUUUACCCUGUUGACUCUUUUAGCAUGAUAGAAAUUAAAGGAUUUGACAAGUUGCUUUCCUUGUCUGGUUCCAAAGUACCACAUCGAGAACUGCAGAAGAAUGGCUAUGUGCUGUGGUCUGGUCCAGUCCGUGCAGACAGAGCUUGUGCAGCCCUGUGCUUGAUGGGGUGAGCACAUGAGAGGAUGCUGAGGAGUGCCCCUUCUCCAGUCUGUCACCAGGAGUGAUGAGAGUGAAGGAGCUGCAGCCCUCAUGUCCCACCAGAACUCUACUGCUUGCUCGUACAGCUCUGCAGCAGCUUCACAUGUGCCCACUGUCAUGUAGUAAAGGCAAGAUGGCCCUUCUCUUAAAAGAAUCUACAAUCUAAAUUAGAAAGGAAUAAGGUAGAAACAAAGAACAAUUGGCAUCUUCAUGCAUGUGACUUGCCUUGAAUUUUCUAAGAAUGUUGUAGGUUAUUUUCCUUUCUUUUAUCCUCCCCUUCCAGAAGUGGGAUGGGCUCAGGUGGUGUACAUAUAUACAGCAACCGAGCCUUAUGCUCAGUCUACUGGCAUCUCUCAUUUUGAAACACCAAAUCCAGGAAGACAGUUAAAUUCUUUUGCUUUCACAUACAUUCUAGUUUUUAAAAUAGCAAUUCUUAAAAUCUUGGUGAAGUCACUGGGGCAGAAACAAUACACUAAGGCCAUGUUAAUAACCUCUUUAAAACGAAAUGGGCUUAGUUUUGUUAAAAAAAAAAGCAUUGAUGUGAUCCUUAAAGACUUUAAGGAAGUAAAAUCCCCUGCCCUCUGGUGUUAGUGGGUUUUUAUGCCUUUUUUUUUAGUGUCUUUUAGUGCUGACUUCAGACAAUAUUCCAUACACUAAGUUCCCUCCCCAGCCUGUAUGUUUCAGGAGCUGAAAUCUUGAGCUCUUGAAUAUUGGAUUUACUGUUGGUAACUGGCAAGUUAUUUCAGUCACAUUAAGAGCUUUUGAACUUUACGAAAACGCUGCUUUGGAAUUCAUCCCAUUCAGGGAGAGCAGUCUAAUCUACUGGCCCUCACCCAGGUGGUGAUAACGUCUGCCUCCUUUUUCUGCCUUGCCCAGCACUCUUGCUUAUGGCAACUGGUCUCUGACAUUGUCGUAAGAAGUUGCGAUGCGCCUUCUCUGUUCAGGGUGUGAGGACAUGAGUCCCGUGGCUUGUCCAUCUGCCACAUGCAGGUCUAGCUGCUGAAUUGGGUUACUUUGGGGAUUACAGGCCCAGGAUUUCCAGGUGGUAGACAUUCAUGUGCUUGAACUUUUUGCUUUCAGCUCAUUUUUGCUGGGACUGAAAAGUCAUCGCAGACUUUCUGGGUGUACAUUUCUGUGCAGGCCAUUUCGGGGAGAGGUGUGAGGGGGCAAAUGAGAUGGAGCUCGUUUGUAUAGACAGUUUUAUUUCCAUUCUUUUUAUAGUCAAGCUUUACAAUUCCAUUAAAAAUACACUUAAAAUCCUUAAGUUCAUGAAAUUCAGUAACUGCUGAAACUUUUUCUCAACCUGGUCCUAAUUCUUUGCUUGCUUUCCUCUUUUAUGUGUUCAAGACAUUCAGUGUAUUAUUUGGUGGCUUUGAUGUUAAGAGCAGGUCUUGAUCUAGGCAAAACAUGAAAUACCAGACCAAGAAGAAUUUACAUAGAUCUGAUGUAGAAUGUGUGAGAAGACCACUUCAAGUGGGAAGCUUUUUUGAACUGUUUCACAGUUGAAGCACCCAAACCUUUUCCUCCCAAGAGAAAGAAGACAUGUAUCAUUAAGAUAGGAAAAUUAAUUCUGUGUUCUCUAAAAUGCCAGUAAUUCACCAACGCUGUAAAGAACUUCAUAGAUUCCUAAAAUCCAUUCUGUGAUUCAGAGUGCAACAGCAUCCUUGACUUUAUAGAAGCCUGUGAACUUUUGAGAAUAGCUCUGUCUUGGCAGCAGAGAACCUGAGGAUGCUUUCUAAUUCUAUGUUAGUUACCACAUUUUUCUAAGUAACUAUUUCAGUUGCAUUUAUUGCUCAUUGUUUGUUUGUUUUGUUUAAAUAUACAUAACAUUAAAUGUUCUAACAAAUACAGGAGGUGACUUCAAACAGUCAAAAGGAUAGCAUCAGGAAUAUCCUGUAAAUGUUGACAAUCCUGACCUGCCCAGUUCUAAGCUAUUUAAAAGCUGUGUCUGUUUGAAGGUCUUACAUCGGCAUAGAAAUAAGGAAAUCCCAGUUCUUUAAGGCUUGACGAGGUACUGGUGAGAUACCUGACUUUGUUCCUUUGUACCUAAUGAGCACUUUGGAAUACUGCUUCUGCAUUGUUUCUAAAUGUUUGCUGUAUAUUAACCUCAAGUUGGUGUUGCUUCCACCCCCAUUCCAUUAAGUUUUAUAGUCGGUAUCACUGGAGGAAGCUCCUUUAAUGAAUAGGCUUUGUUUCGCAUUCCUUGCGUCUUCCGUAGAUACCAGCUACUGAAGUAUAGGGGCAUUUGCUUGUAUUUUAAUGUAUUUCUUUUCCCACAGAGUCCAUACAGAGACAUUCCUUAGUUAGAAAUGUUCUUCCACGGUGAAAAUGUUCGUAUUUAUUCGUUUGUACUUGAUCUCUUUUUAACCACUAGAUUUCACUAAAACAAUCCUGUCAUUAGAGUGGAUUUUCUAACAAGUUACCAAGAGCUCAUCUAAGUUUGAAUUAGGAGGGAGAUGAAAACGGUUUAGUCAUUGCACACAUCUAUGUGCUUUUAAUCUUCAGUAGUGCAAGGCAACCAGCCCAGUUCUCAGUGAGAGUGUUAAUGUGCUAGUACCGCCUGUGUGAGCCUGUAUGAUGGCUCUUACUCUGGAGCAGUUCUGUGGACCUGCUCCUCAGCUACCUUCCUUGUACUCUGUAGAGCAGGACUACAGCUCUUGACAUGCCUUGCUGCCUUGCUUGGCUGGAGAUGGGAGACACACUGUUCCAGUGUGUCAGCAGCACGUAACUCUCAUGUUUUAAUCAAGGUCAGAGUUUGCACAGUGCCGAGGUAAGAUGUGACACUCUUCACAUGUUUUCUGUACCUUUUGUAUUUCACCUGUGCUUGAGCGUGAUUUGGGCGUCCCUUUCCACAUAAAAUGUGAUUGUUCAGAAAAGAGGAGCGAUGGCCAUACCUUCAUGGUGAAUUCUGUGCAUGCGUUUCACAGAGAAAAUUACCGAUGUGUGACUUCUGUUUUCCCCCUAACCAUAAGUUUCCCAGUCUGAGCUGAAACACUUACUCGCACAGAUUUUGCGAUUCUAACUUUUUCUCCUUCCUGGCUUUAUGUAACAAAGUUGAUCCACUUCUAAUCUUUAAAACAGUAGGUUUCAAAGCAUUUUUGUCUUAUUUGGCCUGACUUCUAUU